GCCAUUUGGGCCAGUUAAGAAUCAUCUCUUUUAAUUAAGCCCAUUUCAAUUACUAUACGUAAAGCCUCGCCGUUGCUCUACUCUUUGAUGGCUAACUCUUCUGCCUACGAAGCCAUCGUCCGAGCAGGUCCUCGUCUAAACCAACUCCAACAAGUCCACGCCCACCUCAUCGUCACAGGCUACGGUCACAGCCGAAGUCUCUUAACAAAGCUCAUAACUUUCGCCUGUUCCGCCAAAGCCCUCGCUUACACUCACCUUCUCUUCCUCUCCGUGCCUCUCCCCGACGACUUCCUCUUCAACACUAUAAUCAAAUCGACUUCAAAGUCGCGUCUCCCCUUGCAUUGCCUCGCUUACUACCGUCGUAUGUUAUCUUCUUCCAACGUCUCUCCGAGUAACUACACUUUCACGUCGGUUAUCAAGUCCAGCGCCGAUCUUUGUGAAUUGAAGAUCGGAAAGGGUGUUCAUUGCCACGCGGUGGUUUCUGGGUUUGGGUUGGAUAGUUACGUACAGGCGAGUUUGGUUGCUUUAUACGCAAAGUGUGGAGAUGUGGGAGGUGCGCGGAAGGUGUUCGAUGAAAUGCCUGUUAAGUCUGUUGUGGCGUGGAACUCUCUUGUUUCUGGGUUGGAGCAAAACGGGUUAGGGGAAGAGGCGAUUCGUGUGUUUUAUCAGAUGCGGGAAUCAGGUUUGGAGCCGGAUUCAGCGACGUUUGUGAGUGUUCUCUCGGCUUGUGCGCAGACCGGGGGGAUUGGUUUGGGUUCUUGGGUGCAUCGGUAUAUUGUUGAUAACGGUCUUGAGUUGAAUGUGAAGCUCGGUACUGCUUUGGUUAACUUGUAUUCGAGAUGCGGGGACGUCGGAAAGGCGAGGGGAGUGUUUGACGAGAUGAAGGAGACUAAUGUAGCUGCUUGGACGGCGAUGAUCUCUGCUUAUGGUAGUCAUGGAUGUGGCAAAAAGGCAGUAGAAUUUUUUAAUAAAAUGGAGGAUGAUGAUGGUCCAAUCCCUAAUGAUGUAACGUUUGUAGCUGUUUUGUCUGCUUGUGCUCAUGCUGGACUCGUGGAGGAAGGACGUUCUGUUUACAAGAGAAUGAGCAAGAGAUAUGGAUUGGUUCCAAGAGUGGAACAUCAUGUUUGUAUGGUAGAUAUGCUCGGGCGGGCUGGGUUUCUCGACGAAGCUUAUAGUUUCAUACAUGAACUUGAUGCUGCUGGGAAAGCAACUUCUCCAGCGUUGUGGACAGCGAUGCUUGGAGCUUGCAAGAUGCACAGGAACUAUGAUCUUGGUGUAGAAAUCGCUAAGAGGCUCAUAGCCCUCGAACCAGAAAAUCCAGGCCAUCAUGUAAUGCUCUCAAAUAUCUACGCCUUGAGUGGCAAAACAGAUGAAGUGUCACACGUUAGAGAUGGAAUGAUAAAGAACAACCUUAGAAAACAGGUCGGCUAUAGUGUGAUUGAAGUCGAAAAGAAGACGUAUAUGUUCAGUAUGGGUGAUGAAUCUCAUCCAGAGACUGGAGAAAUAUAUAAGUAUCUGGAAACUCUGAUGAGCCGGUGCAAGGAGAUUGGUUAUGCUCCGGUGUCUGAAGAAGUGAUGCACCAAGUAGAGGAAGAGGAAAAGGAAUAUGCACUUCGAUACCACAGCGAGAAGCUCGCCGUAGCGUUCGGGCUGUUGAAGACCGUAGAUGAAGCCAUUACAGUUGUGAAGAACUUGCGCAUCUGUGAGGAUUGUCAUGCUGCUUUCAAGUACAUUUCUAUUGUAUCCAAUAGGCAGAUCAUAGUGCGAGAUAAGCUUAGAUUCCACCAUUUCCAAAAUGGUUCUUGUUCAUGUCUAGACUAUUGGUAAAGACAAAUAUACAACACAAACACAAGUGUUUCAUUUUUUAUUACAAAACAUGGUACAUGGU